AUGCUGUACACCUCGGCGUCUUUUCGCACAGUGAUCACCCUUCUCGCCGCCGGAACGGCGCUGGCCGCGUACCUGGAUGACGAGAAGAAUUAUGACAGGAGCGAAGCCAUGCGCCUGGAGCGCGAUUUGCCCUACCACUUCGAGCGCGACGUGCCGCGCCCGCGGCUUCCGCCGCGGUACUCGGCCGAACGUGGAUGGUUCAGCCGCAGCCCGCUAGCAGGCAGGGCGGCACGUGUUAGGCCGGGCCCCAUCUACAUAAUCCGCACGCUGAACCCAGAACCGGGUUCCGGGCAGCAGGAGACAACCCUCGAGCCUUCACAAUGGCAGGCCCCACCACUGGUAUACCGGGGGGCGCCCAAGGCCCUCUCGAUCGCCGAAGGCAGCAACGUGCAGUACGUGGUCUUCGUCGACCGCAGCGCCCUCCCCAUCGACGAGCCAACGUUGGUGGAUGCCUACCACGGCCGGCUGCGGAAAGUUCACCGCUGGAACCCGGACCUCUACAAGGCGAAGGCCUAAAAUGCCUUUCAACGCUCAUAGCCCCUUCAUCAAAUCCAGUAAUUUAUUAGUACAUCGCAGUACCUCGUCAUAUAUACUUUAGUGCAAGAGGUGCCUAAACGUUCGUGUCUCGGAAUUCUGUUACGCAACAGGUGUGUGUAUUAGAUGUUCUUGAGAAUGA